AAACAACUGUCACACCUCUUCAAAAGCUCACUUCGUCUCACUGUUGCUACGGACUCCUUGAGCGUCGCUAACAGGAAGAGGAAAAGCUACUUCCGGGUCGGAACGUAAAGCGGUAUCCACGUGAGUUAAAAAAGUGUGCAAAACGGAUUCCGAUGAGGACGUAGUUUUUGUUUUUGAAAGGUGUGCCCACAAGCCCACUGAAAUCACAAUUGACCAGGCGAAGCGACUGGCCCUCCAAAGAGACAUUGAUCAGCAGUCACAACCCAAAGAGCCAGCCAAACCUUUGUCAACCAAGAGACUCGUGGCUGAGGAGAGGCAGGCAGAAAUGGUAAAAAUGAAGAUGGAGGAAGAGAAGAGUGAGGAAAAGCCUAUAAAGAAAGAGAAGAAACACAAAAAAGGACAAGCUAAUGAAGGGAGCCAAGCAGAGGUGAAAAAAGAACCAAAGAAAGGUAAAAUGGCUGAUGCUGUGGUCACUGAAGAGAGGUCUUGGGAUGGAAGUGGUGAGAAGGGAGAACAGAAGAAAAAGAAGAAGAAAAGUGAUUCUCUGAAUGUUGCCAAUGGUUCUGAGGUCACAGAUGGAAAAGGUGUCAACAAAAAGAAGAAGAAGUUGCUGGCAGAUACUGAGACUCAAGUAGAAAUUGCAGAGAGUUUAGUAAAAGAGGAGCAAGUGGAAAAGAAACAGAAGAAAAAGAAAGCAAACAAUAAGUCUACACAAAUGAAACAAGAAAACAUAGUAAAAGAAGAGGAGGAAGAACAGCAAGUGGGAGAAGAUAAUCUGCCCAAAAAGGUCAAGAAAAGGAAAAAACAUAUUUUAGAUAUGAGCACUGAGGUGACUAAGGAGCAAAUGAAAGAGAAGAAGAAGCUGCUGGCUGAUGAUGAAACUCAACUAGAAACUGCACAGAGUUUAGUAAAAGAGGAGGACGUGGAAAAGAAACAGAAGAAAAAAGUAAAAGACAAGUCUACGCAAAUUAAACGUGAAAACCUAAUAAAGAAAGCGGAGGAUGAACAGAAAGCAGGAAAAGCUAAUCCAACCAAGAAAGUGAAAGAGAAAAAACACAUUUUAGAUGUGAGCACAGAGGUGACUGAGGAGCAAAUUAAAGAAAAGAAGAAGAAACAGAAGUGUCCUUUAACUGUGGGUGGAGGAACUGUAACAACAACAAAAAAAGGUAAAGUGGCUGAAAAUGGAAUAAAGUUAGAAACACCAGAAUAUGAGAAUGAAGAUGUAAAAAGAAGAAAGAAAAAAAACAAGACCAAAGAAGAUGGAAAUGGAGAAGAAACAACGGAGAUUAAAGGCAAAACCAAAAAGAGCAAAGCCGUAUCAGGCAAAGAUGUGAAAAGUGAAAAGCAAGAGAAAUCCACAGAUGCUGAUAUUGUUCAUAUGGAUGAAGGAAAGACAGAACUUAAGAAAAAAGAAAAGAAAGCUAAAUGUAAAAUAUCUACUGUAGAGGUUGCCAAAAUAGAGGAGGAAGAACCAAAGAAGAAGAAAAGGAAAAAGGUAAACCACGAGGAAGACCCACUUUUAGACAAAAGUGAAGAAGUUCAGGAGGAUGAGCAGAGGAGGGAAAAUCUCUGCAAGGCUGAUGACACACCAAAGAAGAAAAGCAAAAAGAAAAAGAGCUCUGCUCAGGUAGAACACGUGAGUGAGGUUGGAGUUGAACCUGUUGCUAAAAAGAAGAAAAAAAUCAAACAAGAACAGGAAGACCCGGAGGGGUUUCCCCAAGUGGACGUGGUUUUCCUGUCAGAGAGGAGCGGAAAUACUGAUGAGACCACCAUCAAUCAGGAAAGAAGACAGGCUUUACAAAUGGAGAUCGACAAGGCCUCUCAACCUCAAAAACCAGUCAAACCUACGGGUUUCGGCCAGUGGAGCACUGCCCAGUUCAACAGUUCUGAACAGCAGCAGAAGUUCCUCCGGUUGAUGGGUGGUUUUAAAAAGGGUUUCCAGCCAGCCGCUACAAACACUGGAGGAGCAAAUAUGGCACUGGGGAAGGACGGACAGCAGCAGCUUCAGCAAAGCCUUCUGGGAGAGUUUGAACGAGCCCAGUCACGCAGAAUGGACUUUAAUAACAGGGGUGCAGGACUUGGAUUUACUGCACCAUCCAAUAAGAAAUUUUCAAUAGACAUAAAUGCAUGUCGAUCUGUUCGCUUUGAUGAUUGAUCAGUGGUUUUACAAAGGUUGUGUGGUUGCUUUUGUACAGUGUUUUUAAUUAGGACAUUUUCUUGUUCCACUGGAGUAUUCAUCCCACAACAGAAAGUAAAGUGUAUAUUGGUGAAUGAAAAGAGACUGCUAGUUGUAUAUACUGUAUAUUUAAACACUCAUCCCACAGCUAGUGGACUGUUUUAAUGUGUGAGCAGCUGGUUAUAUUAACAGUUCAUGGGAUUUUAUAAGAAUUACUGUUCAUGUUGUAAGGCUGUGAAAUAUUUGUUUUGAAAAUGGGAAAACAUUGCAAUGAAACAACUACACUCAACUUAAAGUAGUUGGUGAUAUGAUUAAUCAGCCAAUCACAUGGCAGUAACUCAAUGCAUUUAUGCAUGUAGACAUGGUCAAAACACCUGCUGAAGUUCAAACCGAGCAAAAGAAUGGGGAAGAAAGACGAUUCAAGCGACGUUAAGCGUAGCAUGGUUGUUGCCUGGGAUUUUUCUUCACGAUAAUUUCUGAUUUACUGAGGAUGCGAUCCAGAUCUGAACAAAAAUGCCUAGUUGAUGAAAGAGGAGAAUGGCCAGACUACUUCAAGCAGGAAGCCAACAGUAACUCAAAUAACCACGUUACAACCGAGGUGUGCAGAAGAGCAUCUAAAUGCACGUCACCUUAAAGGAGAUGGGCUACUGCAGCAGAAGAUCACACCAGGUACCACUCCAGUCACCUAUGAACAGGCAACUGAGGCUACAACUCACAUGGGCUCACCAAAAUUGGACAACAGAAGAUGCACCAGGGACGUGCAGUCGACAAAUCUGCAGAAACUGUGAUGCUCUUAUGUCAACAUGGACCAAAAUCUGAGGAAUGGUUCCAGCACUUUGUUGAAUCUAUCCCACAAAGAAUUAAGGGGCUUCAGAAGCCAAAAGGUGUGAUCAACCCAGUGCAAGCAAGGUGUACCUAAGAAAGUGUGGUUAGAAUAUAUUGUCCAUCCAUCCAUUCUCUUCCACUUUUGUGAUAUAGUAAAAUGAACAUAUUAAAACCCAGUUUUGAUAGUCAUUUUUAUUUCAU